UAUUAUCCAAUGCAAGCAGAAAGGGGACGUGUUGUUUCAUCAUCAUCAAUGAUAAAUAGGAGACCAAGGAAAGUCAUGUCUAAAACAUUUCAGACCAUUAUCAAUAAUAAUCGUAAUCAGCCAUCAAAUAACCAACCAAAAAAUAACUUUCUAAACUCUGUUCCAUUAACAACCAAAAGCGGAAAUCCUACUCAGUAUAGUCCAUUCAAUAACGUUGUUGCACCUCCAGUAUCUUCCCGAAAUAUAGGUGGUGUACCGAGAAUCGGAGGUGUACCAGGAAUCGGAGGUGUACCAAAAAUACGAGGUGUAUCUAGUUUAAACAAUUUAAACAGUGCAAAUAUUCGAGCACAUCUUAUCAAGCUGAUAAGUAAUAUGAGCCCAGAACAGUUGAGUUUAAAUGCACAAAGUCUUGGAAAUCUUAAUACUGCACAAUUAGUGAAUAAAAAUACGAAACAAUCUACUGCAUUGCCUCAGGCUGUCAAAAACACCAUUAAUGUCAAGGUAGUGAGGAAAAAGACCGUAAAGGUCCCACUACCAAGCUUGAUAAAUCCGAAUGUUAAUCGAGUCCACCGUACUGAAGUUAAAAAAAUCAGAAAAAGGCCCAUCAUAACAAUGGUUCCAAAACGGAAUACUAUACCUACAGUACUCAAACCGAUCGCUGAUAGAAAACGACUUACAAUGAUUGAAAGACUUAAGGCUAUUCCAGCAUUAAGUUUAAGCGCUAUGAAAAAUACAGCAGGAAAUGUCGUACAAGGGGAAGUAACCAACCAACAUCAGUCGACACAAAAACAAAAUACAGCUAACAUCGAAGGGACAAAGAAAAUUAAAGUCAUCGCUAAAAACAAUACAGCGGAAGUUAAAAUUAUCAACGAAAAUCCCAAAAGUUUAACCGGAAGUAAUAAGAAUGAUCCUAAUUUUAUUGUACUAAAGGAUAUAACGAUAACCAAUCAAACAGUUGGAGAGAAUGGUACUUUUAAUGGAACCAAGAUGAGUGUAACUCUUAUGUCCCAAGCAACAGGUGGACGUCCUAUCGUUAUAGAAGCUAACAGCAACAUUGUAGUUUCACAAGAAAAAAUGCCAAACGGAACAGUUCAAUUUAUUAUUAAGACUGAUACAAAGACAUCAACUGUCCCUACUACGACAACGGCUGUCAGCACAACGCUUCCAACAGAAGAACCACCGGAAUUAGACGAAAUAACCCCACCCCCUACAACAACAGAAGCGUAAUACACGUGCUAAGAAAUUCCGAAUGAAAUAUCGUCCGAGCCUCUCUGGCGUUUGUGUCUGGAUUUAUCCUUGGGCAUUUGAUUGAUAAAACUAUGAAUGUAAAAAAAAAGUGUCCAAGACAUGUUUAACAACGUCAGAGAUUGGGUGACUCAUGGUAAGACCAGUGUAAGACUGAUAGAAAAAGGUCAGUGUUCCGGAAAUCAUGAAAGUAGCAUACUGGGAACAUCACGGCGUAACCAUGUUAGCAAUUCCGGUUAUUACAAACACUAAGCAGUGACAACAGAACUUAUACUGUCUCUUAUAUGUUAGUAUUAUCAUUAUUUUGAAUCUGUGAUAUUAUUUUGUGUCUGAUAAUCUUUGUAUAUUCGAAUGCAUGUUUAGCUUUCAUAUACAUCGUGUAUGUAUUCUUAUCGAGGGGUGCUCCGUUUACGGAGGGAUCUUCAUACAUACAUGUUGAAGAUGUCAAUAAUUAUAAUUUAGUACCUUGAGAUAUGUGGUUAGAUGGUCGUUAAGUCAUUCAAAAUAAAUACCACAUGUCAGGAGACGUAUCUAUAUAUCCAUGACUGUAGGCACUAUUUGGAAAUUUUAUGUAUAGAAGCAAAUGUUAGUGCAAUUUUAAUAUGUUUGCAAUGAGUUUACAUGCAUGCACUAGUUGAUUUUAAUGUUAAAUUUGCCUUCCAUUCAAUUGUUUACUUUUAUUUUUGUACCCACACGGUGGUGGGUAUUCGAUUUAUGUCAGUAAGAAUUAAAAAGGGUCCUGACGGGGGUACAUCAUUUCUGCAUACUUCAUUUUUUAGGUCAUUUGUCUCUUCUUUUCUUUAUUGUUUUAUUAUUCUCAAUAAUCUUUAUUUUUCUCUAUUCUUUUAUUUUUUGGCUUAAUUUUCUGUAGUAUUGACCCAUUAUUCUGUAUUUUAUAAAUCCCGGUCAGACCCUAAUGUAUCA